GCGAAGCAGAAAUUUCGCGCGAAAGUGAUCGUGCCAAAAGAAAAACCAAAACAGCUUAGACAGUAAAUUAAUAACUUCACGAUGAGCAAAUCAACACAGGAAACUGACAAGGAAAACCCCAAUCUACCUUGGGUAGAGAAAUACCGCCCCAAAAGCUUGGAUGAUCUUAUCAGCCACAAAGAUAUCAUAUCAACAAUUCGUAAGUUUGUCUCACAGGAUCGCUUACCUCACCUGUUAUUUUAUGGGCCCCCAGGGACAGGGAAGACCAGCACCAUCCUGGCUGUGGCCAAGCAAAUCUACACACCUAAAGAGUUUAAUUCCAUGGUUCUUGAGCUGAAUGCCUCAGACGACAGAGGAAUUGGGAUAGUCAGAGGACAGAUUCUUAACUUUGCCAGCACAAGAACCAUUUUCAAAUCUGGAUUUAAGAUUGUGAUUUUAGAUGAAGCUGAUGCUAUGACGCAGGAUGCCCAAAACGCAUUACGCAGAGUGAUAGAGAAGUUCACAGAGAAUACUCGCUUCUGCAUCAUCUGUAACUACCUGUCCAAAAUAAUUCCUGCCAUUCAGUCUCGGUGUACGAGAUUUAGGUUCGGGCCCCUCACCACGGACCAGAUGGUGCCCAGGCUGGAACAUGUGGUCAGUGAGGAACAGAUUAAAGUGACAGAAGAUGGAAUGAAGUCUGUGGUGACGCUGGCCUCGGGUGAUAUGAGAAAAGCACUCAACAUUUUACAGAGUACGUCGAUGGCGUUUGAUGAAGUAACAGAAGAUAAUGUGUACACGUGUGUGGGGCAUCCGCUAAGGAGGGAUGUGGAGAACAUCGUCAAUUGGAUGCUGAAUGACAGCUUCUCAGCGGCUUACAAAAAUAUCUCCGCCCUGAAGACUGCAAAAGGCCUGGCGUUACAGGACAUACUCUCAGAAGUUCACAAUUACGUCCACAGGAUUGAUUUUCCCAUGCACAUUAGGAUCCAUUUGUUGGAGAAAAUGGCGGAUAUAGAACACAGGCUGGCCUCAGGAACAAAUGAGAAGCUGCAAUUGAGUUCACUGCUCGGAGCAUUCCAGGUGGCGCGAGAUUUAGUGGUUGCUGAGGCUUCUUGAUCUGACAGCUGGCCAGUCUGUGACGACAAUUUUAAACAGGACUUCAGUGGUGAAACCCUUCUAUGAAUGAACACACUCACACAGAUGUGUCCAUAAAGGGACAGACUAGAAAACUAUAGGUCUGGCUUUAAUAGAGGUUAUCUCCCUUUAUCAAUAGGUGGCAACUGCAACCUGUGAGACUUGUCAGAUCCCAGAUGAAAUUAUCAUUUCCUUUUGUCUGAAGUUUUGAUAUUUGUGGCCAGGCCUCAGCAAAAUUUCACAGGAUCUUGAACAAGGAAGACUGUGAAGAGUACGCAGCCUGCAGGGAUAAUUCUGAUGCGAUAGAAAAUGGGAGAAAACAAGAAAUGGAUCUGUAC